CUUUUGCUGUUUUUGUGUUCGCUUUUCAGCUGUCUACGUCACUCGCCAGUGACCGCAUUCAAAAUUUAUUGAUUGCCACACACAAAAAGAUGAUACAAAUCAUUUCUCAAAGAUCUUCGAAGAGUGAAAAGUUGUUGGCUAUUCGCAGGGUGAAUUUACUUGCAAGGUGACGUCUUUCAGUAUGCAUGAAAACAACAACAAGCGCUUGUCUCUCUUAGGGCCGAGAGAGCGUUAUUCAACACUCUAGUGGUCCACCCACAGCGGACGACGUCCCCUUCUUAGUAAAUUCACCUUGCAGUUGAACAGUGUUGUUUGUGUCUAUUAGUUGAAGGGAAACGAAACCUAAUCAUAAUAGACUCAAAAAGAGUACGAAUAUUCUUCAAAAACAACCUGCACUUGGUACUGUAAUUCGUGUUACUUCGCAGUGCACUCGACUGUUAUAUUUGCACGUAUUUGGACGGCUACAGUGAUGACUCCUGUGUAACCAAUGCCAGCGCUGUCAAGGUUCUCAAUUGCAGCAUGAAAUAUUGCCUCACGAUGCGCCAGGAGUCGAUUCGCAAUGCGAGCAAAGUGAUAUCCUUUCUACGUGACUGUCAGGAUAAGCCCAUGCUGCCGAAUGGCAACACGCCGGAUGGCUCCUUCCGCACCUACUACAGCUCCUGCCAGCAGAAUCUCUGCAAUGGACACAAUGGACGCAUCAAGAACUCAACGGGCGGCGCAGCUAGCAGUGGCAGCGGCAUCCACAAUGCCAUUGUGCCCGGCAAGAAUACGGGCCACAGCAGCAGCCAUGGCAACGCCCGGGGAUUCGCAUUUGCAUUCGGCUUGGGCCUAUUCAUUCUGUGUGCCAAACGCCUACGAUGCUGCGUGUCACAGCUGGAGGUGGAGUGAGAGCCAAGAGUGGGAGGGACAAGGGCCACUAUGGAAUAAAAACUUCAAACUCAA